GCAGCCCAAAACUGACGCCACAUACAGCUCACCGCCCGGGGCAUUUCGUCGUGGAGUUCGAGAGAGGGAGAAACAUGGCUGCUCGUGGUGGUGUCUUUCUACCACUUCUACUGCUUCUGGUAGGGGUAUCUGCAGUCCCAGCAAAACCACAGGAGUUUGAGAAGAAUGGUGAGGUUGAAGUUUUGAAUAUCACGAAGUUGGGGAAGCUUAUUGAGACCAGGAAAUGGCUGGAUGAAGAAGUGGAAGUGUUUGAUGGUGUGGACCUGGUUACUGGAGAGACGGCGGAAGAGGGGAACAGGCAGUACUGGUCGCCGAACUGCCCCAGCGGCUUCUACAAGUACUGGUCAGCUUCGAACGUGGCCAGCAUCUGCUACACCAUCGGUACCAGCAAGAAGGACUGGUUCGCCGCCAAGGAGGCCUGCGAACGUCUCACGCCGCCAUCCAGCAGGUGCUUCAGCACUCUGGCGAGCGUGAUGAACGGCAAUGAAAACCACUUCAUCAGCACUUUGAUGGACGCUGAAGGCAUUCGUGAUCACGUCUGGAUCGGCCUCAAUGACCGUACCUACGAGGGGUACUUUGACUGGGUAGAUGGAAGACAGUAUGGAUUUAGCUACUUUUACUCUGGCGAACCGAAUAAUGGAGGAGUAUCUGUCGCCAGCAGCCAGCCGGGAGAGGAUUGUGUGGAGCUGAUGUAUGGAUACGGAGGUCGUUGGAACGACAGAAGCUGCACCGAUGAAAAGUACUACGCCUGUAAGGCUUUCUGUGUCUGAACAGUGCUGGAUAAAUCUGGAAAUAACCAGCUGAAACUUGACUUUGCCGGAUGCAGCCAGAUUCAGGCAGGCAGUUUCACCUGGAAUAAAUACGCACAUAGACGUUUUGUUUUUCAUUUGCCAAAGGUUUUUGAAAAAAUGGCCGAUUUCAAUGUAUUGUUUUGUGUUGUUACAUUUUUGAGCAUUUGGGCAACAUUGUUGUUUUCAGAAGGGUUUGAUGUACCCAAAAUCAAUUUACGUCGAUUUAAUCUAAUUAAGUAUAAGACUCUUUCAUGACAAGUCAGUGACAUCAAUAUGUGGAAUUUGUGUAUGGAGUACAUCUAUGAAGUUGUCUGUUCAAAAUACAUGUUUUUGCGGUUUG